AUGUCCCCACACGCUUUGCGACCAUCCUCUCCAACGGCCCUCGGUGCUUUCAACGUUACAGCGAGAUUCGUGAAUCACUCUCAGCCCACGCCACAGCGCGGUGCUGCCGAAUCCACGCAGCGUUUUGUCGGAUCCCGGAUCCACCAUCAUUCUCAGCUAAUUCCACAGUACGUAGUGGACGACUCGCCGUGGUUACCGACUGCAUCACUGACCCGACACCCUCCUCGACCAACGCCACAAUACCAAGCGCCGGAACCGCUGCAGCCUCCUCCAAAACCACGAACCAAACGGCCUAGGUCAGAUAUGCUAGAUCAAUCUCUGUCUCUCAAGUACAUGCGACCGCACGAGAAAGCGUAUCUUAAAACCCCAGAGAUAACGCCGGAUAUAUUUCGCCGGUUUGAUUAUUUUCGGCAAAAUUCGGGGGGAGGUGAACAUCGUAUACAUCCCAACAUCCCUUUUCCCUCUAGUCAUCAGCAUGAACAGCAUGUUGGCGAGCAAGUGAGCGACAUUCAGUGUCCGCUUCCGACCACCUCCAGCUCCUCCACAACGACUGCUGCUCGAGGACAGAAGCGAAAAUAUGCUGACGUGCAACUGGACGAUGGUCAGGGGGGGACUAUGCUUUACACCGCUGGCCAUAUACCCACGACUGCGCGAGGGAGCAAACGAGCGCGAGUCGAUAACCAGGGCCCAACUAUCCUCACCCCCGAUAUACCCAGCUCCUCUACACGAGGAACGAAACGAGCGCGUAUCGAUGACCCGGUGGACGAUGUCCCGCCUCCAACCAUUCUCCCCGAAAUUCCUCUCUCCUCUACUCGAGGGAAGGAAAGAGCACGUGUCGAUGCCGAAGUGUACGGCGUCCAGGAUUCAACCAUUCUUCCUACCCGUAUUUCCAGCUCCUCUGGUCGAGAGAAGAAACGAGCGCGACUCGACCUCGACUACAGUAUCCAGGUUCCAAUUGUUUCUACUGCCGAUACGCUCAGUUCCGUUGCUCGAGGUAAGAAACGAGCCCAUGUUGAUGACCAAGUGUACAGCGUGCAGGAUCCGAUCACCAACACUUCCGUCAUCCCCAGCACCUCUGGUCGGAGGACGAAACGACCACGUAUUGCCGAGCAAGUGGACAUCACCCAGGCUCAAAACAUUCCAUCGACAGAUACCCCCGGCUCCUCUUCCCGAGGGAGAGAGCGGCAACAUGUCGACCCGCACGUAGAAAGGGCUCCGUGUUCGACCACAUUUGACGCCGAGAUCCCGGCACUUCCUGCUACUCAUCAACAGGAACCAAAGCAAUUCGACAAUAUACAGAUUCUGGAUACCCUGGAUGUGCCCCGUACGGAUACUCCCAGUCCCUUUAAUAUAGACAGUCUCUUCAUGGACAUGGACCCCGAUCUCAUGGAUGCCCUCAGUCACAUCCUGGAUACCCCCAGUUUUCCCAAUUAUACCCUCAGCUCCUCCAUAACCGUUACUCGAGGGGAUGAACGACAGUGUGCCGGCGAGCAUAUGGACAACAUUCAGGGCCCAAGUGCCCCUUACACAGAUACCCCAACCCCAUCGACGCACACCACUAAUAAAGGGAAGAGGCGGCAGUAUGAACAAGUAAAUAACGUUCACGGUCCGAGUACCCUGAUUAUUGAUACCCCCACCGCUCGAGGACCGAAACGACAGUGUGUCGAUGAACAGGAGGAUAACGCUCGGUUUGCGACUACACUGGAUAACGACCCCCUCGUUCACUUUGCAGCCCCUACCUCUCGGCCUCAGAAACAGACAGGCGGGCAGUCCUUCCACGACGAAAUCCCCGUCGCUGGACCCUCUACCCUUCCUCCGCCUCAACAGCGACGGCGUCAGACGACCCGCAGUCAAGGGGAUGAAGUCCAGACUCCGGCUGCGAGUACAAAACCUCGCCGCACCCGCCCUCCACGCCCCAAAAAGCAGCAGCCCCCUCAAGGACCUGUGUUGGUCCGCGUCGUGCCCCAGUCUGGCCACGGUGCCUAUACCCUACCCCGUUCUUCUGCCGUUCCUUCGCAAUGGGAGCAAGUCAAUUCCGAAGGUUGUGAUCAAGGUACCCUUGCGGGUGCUCCACCUCCGCCGACAGUGGAUUACGUUGAAAUCGGAUUUACUGAACUCAAAGCUAGGGCCUCCGCGUUUCAAAAUCACAUCCAGAAGCUCCAAUGCAUCAAACAUGUAUUGAAAUCGCGGUUGAAAGGCGCUGAUCCGAAAGGAGAGCUUGCGAAGAUUGAGCGGGAUCUCGAGCUCGCCCAUCACCACUUCGAGCAAUUGAAGAAGAACGGGUACGAGUUGCAGCAGUCUUGCAAAAGACUCAACCUGUCUGAAGAGCGAAUGAGGGAGGUACGACUCAUUUUUCCGAGGGUUGUACCUGUCCGGGUGGCUUCGAACGUUGAAGGAUCAUCCAAGACUUCUUAA